AUGUCAAAUCUCUCGCCUAUUCCGUCCGUGCUCCUUGACCGGCCCGAGCAAACAUCCGUACAAGAAUGGAACCAGGCAAUCCUCUCCAUGAUUAGGGACCUACAUGACCUGACGCAGACUGGGACACACAGGAACUCAUGGGGCCUGACCAUUCUUCGCACGGUAUACACGGCAGACUCCGAUGUGAGCUUCCCGCUCGUUGUUAAGCGAAUCGACGAAUACCUGCGCCAGUGGAUCACCAAGUCCACGACGCCGACCACCGCCAGCAGCACCAUCUCUGACCUCGCUGCGCAGAGCGGCGAGGAGCUGCUCGCGCGUCUAUCUCACACCAUCCUGGAGGAUCGCCAGGCUCUUGACGGCGCCACGCUGGAGGCAGACUACGCCGCGUUCCAGGACUGGGUUCAGCAAAACGGCGACUCCGAGUCACACAACUCAAGGUACCGCAUCGCCCUCGUCAUCGACCAACAGUCGCUAGACGACACCAUGAAGCUGCCCGAAGCGGGUUCAGAUGUGUACUACAAGGAGAAACUCGUCUCCUGCUGCAAGGGCUUGACGCGCUGGGGCAUCGAUCGCCGCCAGGACACUCCCUGGUUUUACGUGGCGCCCGCGCUUCUCGCUUCGCUCUGGUUCAGCGUGAUGCACCAGGAGAUGGCGCUCAAGCUCACGCAAAUUAGCCAGGAUCCUCCCGUUUUUGAGAUGACCACGCCUUUACAUAGGUCACCCAUUUGGCCGGCUGGGGGAAAGUAA